GUUUUUCAUUUCAAUUUGCUGCUUGCGCGUGAUAACUGUAUUCUGCGUUACAAAAUGUAUCCUUAUUAUUGACGAAAAGUGUUAUAACUUUUUAUAAUAAUUAACAAAUGUAAAUAAAUACGCGUGGAGGUUCUUCGGUUUAAACCAUUUGUUUAUGGAAAGUAGAACCUUAAUUCUCUAACCAGAACUUAUUUGUUUGACUUGUCUCUUGGUGAUCGUUUUUGUUUGUUAAAAUGUGCAUACAUUCAAAAACGCUUAUUGUAGUUUGAUUAAACAUAAUUGUAGUUGGUUAUGCCUGCUGUGUGUAGUGUAGUGUAACCUGUGAAGUGAAAACAAGUGGAAUGUUUAAUUGAAAUUAUUGUGAUAAUACGUUUUGAAUUUAAAUAUCAAUGUCGUAUACUUGAGUGAACAGCGUGUGAUUUCUUAGUGAAUGCGACAAAUAUUAAUAAAACUUAAGUGAUAUGCACUGUUCCUGAUGUCCUGUAGAAGCUUCUAUGAGUUUGGCUGAGACAUGCAGUCAUGGCCAGGGGAAAAACGCUAUACUCCCUAGCUGUUGUCAUACUUGGGUUUAUGUGCUUUGUAGUUGGCGCUGUUGCCAUUGGACUACCAACUUGGGGUUAUUAUUAUAGCUAUGAUUCUGACAUAGCACUCUCACUGCAGUCCUAUUAUUUGGAGAAUCCAAACUUCGACAACGGUUACUUCGGACCAUGGCGUGUCUGCAAGAAACUGCUCUACAACAGGGAGAAAUGUGGCACCGACGUGUCCAAGUUCCGGCCGACAACGGCCGUGUACUUAGCGGGUGUGGUGGGCGCGAUAGGUGUGACAGUGUUGGGUGUGUUCUGUGUGCUGUCCGUGCUCCAGCUCGCCAUGAUCUCAUCCAAGGAGAAGGUCGCCUUCAAGUACACGCACCUUGUUAUGACCAAACUGGCGCUUGCGUUAUUAGCGACGUUAUUGUCAAUAGCAGCAGCCGGUCUAUUUGCAGUCCAAGGCGAUGACAGAGGUUUCUACAUCUAUAGAGGAGAAGCUUUCUAUGUACAGAUAGUAUGCAUCGUUAUAAAUUCGAUAUUGUUUAUAAUGUCGGUAUACGACACGUUAUUUUCGCGGAGAGAUGGUGGCGAUCCCACAAACCCAAUUGGUGAAGCUAAUGCCACUACCAUUAAUAAUCCAGGGUUUAAGGAAGGAAGAGGCAUAUCAAUGACAGACGCGUCGGGCAAACCGUACACCACAAACGGUCACGGUAGCGUAGCCUCCAUGAAUACCACGGCCACCACCUUAACUGGCCUCUCAGACGCCAGUACAAUAACUAGGUCGCCUCUGAGGUCAUCUUUGAAGAAACCCAGACCCAGGGAAGGUGAACCGGGCGGGAUGGGUAUCCAAAACCCAGGGUAUUCGGGGAAUUCCCCACCUCUCAACCGUAAUGGCAGCCAGAAGAAAGUCAGAAUACAGACGCACAGUACUGAGGUGUAAGUUGGAAGAUUCCAAGUGGAAUUAGUCGUCCAGACUUAUUCCAAUAGCAAGGUUUAUUCCAGAAUGUGAAUAUUUUUUAUUUCCACCUGAAAAGUUUAAAUUGACUUUAUACCAAUGUGUUUAGAUUUUGAUUUGGAUUUUUUAAACCAUAUAUAAAGCAAUCUAGAAUAAUUUUUAGGUGUAAGAGAUACUUGGACACUCGUCUAUUGAAUUAUCUAUAAAUGUAGAUAAAUAAAUACAGUUUCUGUAUCUAAAAAUCUUACGAGCUAUGUUUAAAGCCCAAUUAGUUAACUAUAGUUAAGAAGUAUGCAGCAGUGUAAAACCUCAAGUUUAAAUGUUAAUUAUUAAUGGCGACUCUGAGUAUGUCUGUCUAAAUUAAAUGUUUUACUUGAUGUCUAUACAAACUUUAAAUAUUAAUGUUUUUCAUAAAGCAUAAAUCUCUUGAAAAUCUUUAUAACUUUUAUAGUCAGUAAAGUAUACAAAUAAGGUAUGAUAUUAUGUAUGAACCUACUAUAAGCCUCAAAUAUCUAUUGUUAUAUUUUCAUCACUCAUGUAUCUGAAACUGAUUAAUUGCAUUAUUUUGUCUCUUUUUGUCGAUUUGUAUUUAGACUGUGAUGAAAAGAGAUAAAUGCGUACUAGUUAUAAUGGUUGAAUUGGUCUGAUUUUUUAUUAUGAAUAUAAUCAGGUUAACAUUUUAUAAAAUAAUUUUAGAUGUAUUAAAACACCAUCACAAAUUAUAUUGCACAAGUAAUAUUAGUUGCAAAUAUAACAGAGGACUUAGAAUUUGUCACCCGACUUCAGUUUUUAAAUUUAUUUAAAAGUAUGAAAUUAUUCUUUUUUUCUUAUAAAUGAUUCUCA